AUGUCGCAAAGCGAUCCGGAUGAGAGGCUGAUAUUUUUGGCCUGCCAGCAUAUCUUUCGUGGCCCUAACUUUCAAGUGAGAAAAUUCAAGACGGUCAAAGGGUUAAUUAGACAAAACGAACUUUCCCUCACCGAUAUUCUACGAGAAUAUGAUAUCGAUCGCACUAGCAGCGUUGCCAAAAAGCUUCUAGAGAGCCAGGUUUUCGAUUCGACCUUGAAGGCUAAGAUUCGAUUUCCGGAGUUAUUCGAUGUGUCGCCUACCCAGAGUGCUGAGAGAGAGGCUUCAGAAGCAGAGGCUGCGAGAGAGGAAGCCAACACUGUAAGGGAGAUAUCUGACUGUGAGGCUUCGAAAGACACGGCAAUCAGUUCUCUCACCGAAGUUGGAAGCGAACGGACAUUCAGUGGUGAUCAAUUGAUUCCUGCAAGUUGUCCAGAGCAGGAUACAGACACAAUUAUAGCCAUUCCCUCGCUAUAUCCGGUUUACAUCCACUAUCGGUGUCAGCAUCUAGUCUUGACGACUAUACAAGAAUUGCUUGAAGAGAGCUGCUUCGAGUUUGCUCAGCAGCAUUUUCCCCUCCUCCUAGCAACGAACGAAUGGGACUGCCCCGAGGCGGUUGAACUUACCGAAUGGACCAAGAUACUCUCUCGUCAAUAUAACCCGCCGUUCAACGAUCUGAAAACCCCCGUUAAUAAGUUUCUUGGCUUACUUCGAGAACUCCGACAUUCCGCUGUGCACCGACUUCGAAAAACCGCAGCUGCUUUUUUGAAUGCCUUGGAAGAUUCGACUCGAUCAGAAAAAGUUGAGACUCUUCGGAGGGAGCUGCAAACCGCGAUUGAAGAGCUUAAGCGCAACAAAGAUCUCUUUGAGAAAAGAUUAGUUGCGCAACUCAAGGAGAUACAAAAGAAGCGGAGUGAAUUGGACAUUUGGGAAAAGAACACGAGGGAGGGAAUGAUCAGAGAGGACUUGCAAUGUUCAAGGGACAUCGGUGAAGUUCUGGAAAGUGUUGUUCGGCGAGUCAAAUCAAAGGAUCCAAAGGAAGCCGAGGGUGCGAAAAGUGUACCGGAUGUGUAUUCAGAUUCGUUGGAUUCGGAAGACGAAUUUCUGGAUGUAGUUUCAUAA